GCAGAAAAACUAGUGACCGGCACUUAAAAGCUUCGUAAUCAUCACUCUUGCCUCCUCUCUCUCUCUUUCUGGCGGCUAACUAACAUUUCCUCUCACCCCUCUCAUUUUUCAUUGAAGUUAUUUAAUUGAAAAAAAAAUUGCAUUUCUUCCAAUUUUGAAUAACUUGUGCGGGUGUCAUUUGUCCCAUCUGAUGAUUUGUUUCCAAUCCUUGUACCCAUUAAGGCUGAAAUUCUUUUCAGGAACACUCUUUUUGUACUGUAUUUCCCAUAUUUUCCUCCCUUCUGAUGUGUUCUUUAUUUGUUGCUUUAAUUGCUUGAGAUUUCGCCUAAAAAUUUGACAACGCUUACGUGUUGGCUAUAAUUGGUUACAUCUAUCAGCGCCUCUGUUUUCAGCUGGGAGUCAGUUUUAACUGUAUUUCAGUGGGAUUCUUAUUUGAAAUUUCAUUCAAGCUUGGAAAGUCAGAAAUUUGACUGAAAGUAUGGCUAAAUGGCUUCAUUCAACCUCAUUUGCGGACUUGCCUUCACAUUUAAUUUUCGAAGUUCUAACCUCUGGCCGGCUUAGUGCUCGUGAUCUUGUUUGCUUGGAAUUGACUUGCAAGAUGUUUGGAGGAAGCCAUGAGUUGUACCCCCUCAAGUUUCGAUCAUUAGUUGAUUUUGCAGCAUUUCAAUUAUGUAUAUCACACAGCAUUUAUUCCAGAAUGGGAGGGGAUUCCCAGAAACAACUCUUUGAUCGCUGUCAAGGGAAGUGGAAACGGGUUUUUAGGUUCUUGCAAUUGGUGGAAAAAUCUUCCAACAUUGUUGAGACCUCAGAAGGCAAUCAGAUGCAGAUUGCAACUGGAAGAUAUCAUACAUUACUGAUUAGCAAAGCAUCAGUAUACUCAUGUGGUUCCAGCUUAUGUGGUGUUCUUGGCCAUGGCGCUGAGACCACACAAUGUGUAUCAUUUACUCGAAUUAACUUUCCACCUUCUGUAUAUGUUGAACAAGUUUCUGCUUCUCACAAUCAUGCUGCUUUUGUCACACAGUCAGGACAGGUUUUCACGUGUGGAGAUAAUUCAUCAUUUUGUUGUGGACACAGAGAUACAAGCUUUCAAAUCUUUAGACCUAGACUUGUUGAAGGAUUAAGUGGAAUUCCAUGCAAGCAGGUCUCUGUGGGACAUAACUUUUCAGUCUUUUUAACAAGACAAGGCCAUGUCUAUACGUGCGGAACAAACACAUAUGGUCAGCUUGGCCAUGGUGAUACAUUAGAGAAAUCUACUCCAAAGGUUGUCGAACGGCUUGUGGAAAUUGGAUCUGUAAUUCAGAUCUCCGCUGGUCCAAGCUACGUAUUGGCCGUAGUUAAUGAUGGGAGAUUAUACUCUUUUGGGUCAGGGUCAAAUUUCUGCCUUGGCCAUGGGGAGCAGCACAACGAGUUCCAGCCUCGAGUUCUCCAGACAUUUAGAUUAAAGGAUAUUCAUAUUGUUUCGGUCUCUGCUGGGGACGAGCAUGCAGUGGCAUUAGAUUCUAAUGGAUUUGUAUAUACUUGGGGAAAAGGCUACUGUGGUGCACUGGGCCAUGGAGAUGAGAUUGACAAGACUAUUCCUCAACCCUUGAACAGCCUUAAGAACCACCUUGCCGUACAGGUAUGUGCAAGAAAGAGGAAAACUUUUGUGUUGGUUGACACUGGUAUUGUUUAUGGCUUUGGAUGGAUGGGAUUUGGCAGCCUUGGAUUUCCAGACAGAGGAGUAUCUGACAAAGUCUUGAGCCCUCGAAGCCUCGACUGCUUACGAGCUCACUGCGUGUCUCGAAUCAGCACCGGCCUGUAUCACACCGUCGUAGUAACUGACAAAGGAAGACUCUUCGGAUUCGGAGAUAACGAACGAGCACAAUUGGGACUUGAAUCUCUGAGAGGCUGCCUUGAACCCACUGAAAUCUUUGUCCAAGAUUUGGAUGAUGAGAGUGCUGCUUCAGAAUCUGGGUAAUUAACCUACUUGUUAUCAUCCACUUUAUAAACUUAUAACUUUAUGUUUGAUAUUAACAUUUCACAAUCUCCAUUGUCAAUUCAUUCAUCAUUGUAACGGUUUUGCAUUACUCUGUGAAACAUUCUAUUUUCGUUCA